AUGCUUGAACACGCUGAUGAUGUUCUUCGGGCAGACAAGCAAGUGGUGCUGGCAACUGUGAGACAGACCGGCAUUGCUCUACAGUGUGCCUCGGAGGAGAUGUGUGCAGACAGAGAGGUCGUCGUGGAGGCGGUCAGGCAAAAUGGAUUGGCAUUGGAGUUUGCGUGCGAGAAGCUCCGGGCUGAUCGAGAGUUGGUCCGGACAGCGUGUUGUCAGGACGGCCUUGCGCUGGCACUGGCUUCCUCAGAUUUGCGAGGCGAUCGCGAGGUGGUUCUGGAAGCUGUCCGCAGGCAAGGGAGGAUGCUGGAGUUCGCAGCUGAAGAGCUGCAGGCAGACCGUGACCUGGUGCUCGCUGCCGUGAGGACCUCCGGCAUGGCGUUGAGCUUCGCAGCGGCGCCGCUGCGUUUUGACCGCGAGAUCGUGCUAAUUGCCGUGGCGCAGAAUGGCAACAUGCUGGAGCAGGCGGCCCUGCCUCUCCGUGGCGACAAGGAGGUCGUCAUGAGCGCCUUGAGAUCUGCCGGCCGCGCCUUGCUUUAUGCUGCCGUCGACCUGAAGGCGGGGGUUGAUGUCCUCCUUCAGCUUCUCGAGUGCCAUGGCUCCGUCCUGAGCUGCUGCACUCUCCACUCCGACGAAGAUGUGCAGAGCCUUGCCAGGCACAACAUCGAGAGAACCCUCGCCGAGGGUGCUGUCGAGCUGCGCGAGGAUGCAGAAGUGCUGAUGGCGAUGGUGAAGCAGCACAGUAACAUUCUUGCGUUUGCGUCGCCGAGCAUGAGGGCACAUAAAGAACUGGUGCUCUGUGCGGUGCGACAAAACGGCCUGGCCUUGAAGAUGGCAGCUGAAGAGCUGCGGAACAACGCGGAAGUCGUCUGCGCAGCGGUCGCGCAGAACGGCUUGGCUUUGGAGUUUGCCAGCGAUGCUCUGCGGGCUGACCGAAAAACGGUGAAGUGCGCACUUCACCAGGAUGGCCAGGCGCUGCAAUAUGCGGCGGAGGUUCUCAGAAGAGAUCAUGAACUGGUCAUGGCUGCUGUCGAGGAGGACUCCGCGAACACGAUAGCCGCAGGUCUUGCAGUUGGUGUGGUCGAUCAGUCGCCGGACAGAUCAGCUUACGAGCUCAUUUGUGUUGCUGUCACAACAUGUGACCGCAAUCCUGAUGGUGACGACGUUGUCGUGGCCGUGCGAGGAGCUGCAAAGCGCUUUGCAGCUCAUGGGCCGGGCACGGCCCUCGUGCCCUUCGCAGAGGUGUCCCGCGCCGCACUGGCACCGGCAGAAGCGUCGCAAAACUGGAGACGUCGCAUUGUUCAUUUCGAGGAGGUGCUAGAGCUUGGAUGCAAAGUUAUAAGUGCGUAUCCCAUCCUGCACAUGUCCCGCUCACAGAGGCACGGAGUUCAGCAUCAGAAGGUGGAGAAGGACGGAGUGCUCAAUCUCUUCAACAGGAAGAAAGCUGAUCCCAAGGAUGUUGUGACCUUUGAGGUGUCCAAGGAUACAGAGGUGUCGGACGAGCAUGCCGAAGAGUUGACACGCCCCAGGAGCAAGUGCCCAUCGAGACCUGAAUCGAACAUGCCUGUAACGGCCAUCGCCGUUGGCAAUGACCACGAUGAGCUUGAGGAAGGCGAAGUGAUCGAUGGCGGCAUGACAGACUCGGCUUGCCCGCCGCGUGGGAGCAUCGCAGCCGAAGCCGAAGGGGAGGCAUGCGACGCAUCCGACUCUGACGGGGAGGUUGUUGAGGCGGUUGAGGAUUCCAGAGACUUGGAGGAAGGUGAGGUUGCCGAAGAGCUCGAAGAGACUGCUUCAGCUCCCCUGGAGCCUGGAGAAGUGGAGGAGGCUGAGGCCGAGGCCGAAGAGAGCGACCAGCCCACGGAACCGGAGGAAAGUGAGGAGGAAGGGAGCCAGAGCGGCGAGGAGGAGGGCAAGGAGGGCAGUACAAAACAGUUGGCGGAGGAAAGUGGGGAGGUCACGGAAACAGAAGCGGCCUCUGUGGCGGAGUCCUCUUCGGACGGUGAGUGCGAAGAGGCUGCCAAAGGCUCAACGCCUUCCAAGAGUGAGCAAGCCAAGGAUCGGGGACUGUGCCCGCCCAACGAGCUGCCGUGUGAGUCACCAGCUUCUCGCCGAAGAUCACCGAAAGCCCGGAAUACAUCACGGCGCCAUGCAAAGCGACCUCGCAGUCCCAGCUCACGGCGUGGAAGUCGUGUGCGUGUGGCUAAUCGCAAGAGGCUACCGAGGCGAUCGGAGUGGGCCGGUACUCGCAUCGAGCUCGGCCUCUCCCCUCGUGGUCGCUCAAGCUCGAGCCGCAGCCGCAGGAGGACAAGGUCUCGAAGGCGCGAUUCCAGGGCUGCAAGACCGAACUUGAGGCAAGGGCAAAGCAAAUGGGACGUGAGGCCAGAUCCCACAAAUCCUGACCAGAAGCCGCUGAAGCGCUUGCUGGAUCCCACCGCAAAUGGAAAGAAGCGCCGGGAACUGUAUGUCGGCAAUCUCCCGCAACACAAGGUGGAUGAGCCCAUGCUGCGACAAGCCUUCAACCGCCUUUUCUUGGAUCUUCCCAGUUUCGUGGAGAGAUACCCAGACAUUGUCGACGUCAUACGUUCCCUCUACUUCCCGCCGAAGGGCGACGGGAUGUUUGCAUUUGUGGAGUUCGUGGACGAUGUCCUCACAACGACUGCUAUGCAGAUGAGUGGCUUCGAGCUUCAGAACAGGUCCAUCAAGAUUGGACGGCCGCAGAGCUACGAACCGCCGCACGAUGGAGAGCUGGCAGGCCUCGAUGUUCAGCCUCUUCGUGAAAAGGGGCUCUUGCCUGCGGCACCUCUCGGAGAAGGGAAAGAGGGCAAGGAAGGGGUCGCGAAUGUCCUUCGUGAAGUCUACUUCGGAAACCUGGCCACUGGGAUGGUGGACGAGGAGGUCAUGCGCGAACUGCUCCAGCCGGCAGCAGUUGAAGUCCCUGAAUUCGACCCAGACUUGGGCCCAGCAAUUGGCAAGGUCACCAUUCCACAUCCUGGGAACUAUUGCUUCGUCUUGUUUCAGAGUGCUGCUGUUGCCACCCGCAUGAUCUCCAUCUUUGACGAGACAGAACUUUUCGGUCGCAAGAUCCGAGUUGGACGUCCGAGCAAGUACGCCGUCACCGUCAACGAAGCUCACGGCCAGCUCUCCUUACCCUUGCCGCCUCCGAGCCCUUCGGUCGCUCCACCGGCUCCGUCGGCUCUCCCGUUGGCUCCACAUUUGCUCAAGGCUGCGAAUGCUGAGCUGGUGGCUGAAUUGGCAUCAGGUCGCUGA